AUGAGUGGGAGAGGCUUUUUAAAGAAAUCACAGCUCAUUAUACAUCAAAGAAUUCGUACUGGAGAGAAACCAUAUGUAUGUGGAGAUUGCGGAAAAGCCUUUAGUGGGAAAUCACCACUCAUUGUGCCUCAGAGGAUUCAUACUGGGGAGACACCCUAUGAAUGUACUGAGUGUGGGAAGGCCUUCUCCCAGAAGUCACUCUUUAUUGUUCAUCAGGGAUUCCACACUGGAGAAAAACCCUAUGAAUAUUUUGACUGUCUAAAAGCUUUCUCUAGAAGUCACAUCUUAUUAUACAUUAGUGAGUUCAUACCAGAGAGAAGCCCUUUUAAUGUAGUGAAUUCACAACUCAUUAUACAUUGAAAAGCUCAUACUGGAAAGAAACCAUAUGAAUGUAGUGAAUGUGGAAAGGCUUUCUGUGAGAGGUCUCCACUAGUUAUUCAUCAGAGAAUCCAUAUAGGAGAUAAACCUUAUAUAUGUACUGAUUGUGGGAAGGUCUUUUCCUGGAAGUCGGACCUUGUUGUGCAUGGGAAAACUCACACAGGAGAGAAACCCUAUGAAUGUGCAGAAUCCAGAAAAGCCUUCAACAAGAAGGCACACCUCAGUGUACCUCAGAGAAUGCAUACAGGAGACAAACCUUUAGAAUGUUCUGAGUGUGAGAAAACCUUCAAUUAAAAGGCACACUUCAAUCUACACCAGAGAACACACACAGGAGGAAAACCAUAUGAAUGUAAUAAAUGUGGCAAAUCCUUCAAGGAAAAAUCAACACUGUGUAGACAUCAAAGAACUCAUACAAAAGAGAAAACUUAUAUGGGCUCAGACUGUGAAGAGCCUUCACUCUUAAGCUAA